AUGGAAUCAAUGGAAUAUGAGCUCGCUAGGAACCUUACUCUAUUGUUCUUCGUGGAACGCCUGCUCGACAAAGGCGAGCCGCGCACGUUGCACGAUCUUUCCUGCCAGUUUGGUGCCAAAGGAUUCACCAAGGAGAUGCGACAAAUCGCUGGCGGGUCCCAGUCAGGAUUAAAGAAAUUCCUGGCUCAAUACCCGGCGUUGUUCAGCAUAGACGGGGACUAUGUUGAUAUCAACACGUUCCAGAAGCAUACGAGCGGGGCUGGUGCGUCGUCGAACAACGACUACAUCGAAGAAGCGAAGGAGUACUUCGCGAGCAAGAUGAUCCAGUACGGCGAGGGCACUGAAGUGCCAAUCAAAAGCCUCCUCGGCCACAGAAGCCAAGCCUCCCCGCAGGUGCGUCACAUCUCCGGUCAGAGGAUCAAGGAGUUCAAGGAGUUCCUCAUGAAACAUCCUGACAGCUUCCAGAUUAUCGACGAUAAUGUUGUUCUAGUCAGUGAAAAUCACAGGAGAGGUAAUGCACACACAAACUCUGAACAAUUCCAUAAUUUACCUGUAGCUAAUAUUAACACAGAUACAGCCCAACAGUUAUUAGAUUAUGUCGCACAAUGUAUAGAAGCUAAGGGACCUGUUAUGGUAGACCAACUCUUCCACUUGAUUGUGUCACGUUUUCCACAAGAGUAUUGGUAUCAGAUGUUUAAAUCUCCAGCUGAUUUAAGUGCUUUCUUAAAGAUCUUCUCAGACUCAUUCCAUGUUCAGGCAAACCUGGUCACACUUAUUAGUAAACCAAAAAUACCUGUAAUGUAUCUAAAUGCAAAAGCUAAAGCAAAGACUGAAACACCAAAGCCUGUGGUUGUGGAAGAAAAAGAAAAACCUGCAUCCCCUAUUCCUCCCCCAGUUGUAAGUCCGACACCUUCCGAUGGUAAAAUGAGCCCUGCAAACAGAAUACUCAGUCCUACUGAAUCUCCCCGAGGCACUCAAGCUAAUAUAGCCAAUCAGACCCUUAAACAAAGAAUUAAUUCUAUUGUAAUAAAGAACUUGGCAGAAAAUAUGGUCAGAGAUAGGGUUAAUAAUCACUUGAAUGCUCGAAACUCAGAGGAGACAAAUGGCACUCCGAGUUUAAGGAGUAAUUUAAUGGGUGAAGCUUGGCGCCAGAAGGUGCUACAAUGCACAACAGUCAUAGCUAAUGUAAGAGAAUGUGCCGCUUUGAUUGAAAGCAUAAUGGCACCUAAGCGUAAUGCAAAAAGCAUAGUUUCGUUUGAUUGUGAAGGUAUAAAUCUCGGCCUAAAAGGAGUAUUGACGUUAUGUCAAAUAGCUACCAUGAAUGGUGAAGUAUACAUACUAGAUAUAAUGGCAUGCCCAGGCAUGGUUAUUGAAGGUAAAAUUAAGGAUCUACUUGAGAGUGAGAAUGUUGUCAAAAUUAUACAUGACUGCAGAAAUGACUCUGUAAAUUUGCAUAAUCAGUUUGAGAUUGUUUUGAAAAAUGUUUUUGAUACACAGGCAGCGCAUGCUGUACUACAAUUACAGCAACAGGGAGUGCCAGUCUACAAAGUAAAAAACCUAAGUCUUAAUGCCUUAUGUGAAUUGUAUAAUGCACCGAUGAAUCCUAUGAAGGAACAGUUAAAAAAUGUCUACAGAAGAGAUCAACGCUACUGGGCUCGAAGACCUUUGACAAAGGAUAUGAUUAUUUAUGCAGCUUCCGAUGUACUAUCACUGGUUAAUUCAGCAAUUUAUGCUUACAUGUCUGGCAAUAUUAAGCUAGAGAACCAACAGCUCUUUGAAGAACUGAGUAAUGAACAAGUAUUUAUGCACAUACAACCGACAGAAGUUAAAUUAAGGAAAAGGCAAAGGAAAAUUAAUACAGAGGUUGGUGAAUUGAAACAAAAGUUGGCAGAAACCACUAAGAAUAUUGUACUUAGUAACAGAGAAAUAAGGUUAUUAAGGUACAUUGAGCUCACUGAGGAAGAAAAAGAGAAAUUGAAGGGUUGCCAUAAAAUAUCCAAGAAACUGGAGAAGUUGGAAGCCAUUGGACAUGAAAAAGAUUCUGACUCUGAAGAUGAUGAAAGAGAAAAUGAGAUGGCUAGCUUAGAGUCAAACCCCUCUGAUCCUAUAUCAUCACCACACUCCACACAACCACCAAGCCUCACAGAAUCCAUGCAGAUGAUGGAUGAAAUUUUGUCAGAUGCAAAUAUGGACAAAGUUGAAAAGAUAAACCGACUGGAAGCGAUUCUGUCUGCUGUUGCUCCGCUCAGUGGAGAGCUAGAGGAUAAAUUCUCACAAACAAUGGAACAGACAUUGCCAUUGCUCAAAAACAAGGACUGGUCCAAUCUAAGCCAAAUUUUGAACUUAGGAGAACCAGAUAGAAAAAGCUGUUGCUGCAGAUGCCAUAAUCCGCCUUUGGAGGAAGUUAAGUGCAAUGAUCUCAAUGAAACUAAGAAGUUAGAGGUUGGCUCACAAACUCUUAGCACAGGGGACAUUGUGAUUACGCGAAUUCACUUCAGGGAGGAGGAUAAAGCAAACGAAAGGAUUCUUGAUGCAUCCCCAUUGAGCAAAAGGGUAGGUAUUAAUAAUAUGUCUUGA